AUGUCAGCACCCGCGGUUUCUGCUGGGCAGUCUCAGAAUGCCACUUUUAGAGACAAGGAGAAGCCUAUGGCUGUGCGGUCGUCCAACAUUGUCGCCGCCAGAGCUGUCGCUGAUGCUAUUCGAACUUCCCUCGGCCCUCGAGGUAUGGACAAGAUGAUCCGAAGCGGAAAGGGCGAGACAAUCAUUACAAACGAUGGACACACUAUGCUGAAGAGCAUGUCGGUUAUGCACCCUACCGCCAAGAUGCUGGUGAACCUCGCUGGCGCUCAAGACGUCGAAGCUGGCGAUGGCACAACCUCUGUCGUUGUCAUCUGCGGUAGCUUGCUUGGUGCUGCAGACCGACUCCUGUCAAAAGGCAUCCAUCCCUCGGUCAUCUCAGAGUCCUUCCAGCGUGCAUCAGCUGCCGCCGUGGAAGUACUUCAUGAUAUGUCCCAACCGAUUACCCUUAACGAUACCUCUGCUCUUCUGCAGGCUGCCAACACCUCACUGUCGUCCAAGAUUGUUUCACAAUACUCGAACCUGCUUGGCCCGAUGGCUGUUAACUCCGUGACAAAGGUGAUCGAUGUCAAGACAGCCGAUAACGUUGAUUUGAGAAACAUUCGAAUUGUCAAGAAGGUUGGAGGCACUAUCGAGGAUAGCGAGCUUGUUCCUGGUCUGGUCCUUAACCAGCCAGUUCUAAAGAACGCCGGCGGCCCCAUCAGAAUGGAGAAGGCACGCAUCGGCCUUAUUCAGUUCCAGCUCAGCCCGCCCAAGCCAGACAUGGAAAACACGAUCCAGGUCAACGACUACAGACAAAUGGAUAAGAUUGUCAAGGAGGAGCGUCUGUACCUCCUCAACAUAGCUAAGAAGAUAAAAAAGGCCAAGUGCAACGUUCUUCUUAUCCAGAAAUCGAUUCUGCGCGACGCUGUCAACGACUUGUCGCUACAUUUCUUGGCCAAGCUGGGAAUUCUUGCCAUCAAGGAUAUUGAGCGAGACGAAGUGGAGUUCAUUUGCAAAUCAACUGGCUGCAAGCCUGUUGCGGACAUUGAUUCUUUCACUGAGGAUAAGCUGGGAUAUGCUGAACUAGUCGAGGAAGCGGAAUCUUCAGGCUCACGCAUGGUCAAGGUCACCGGUGCCAAGGCUACCGGAAAGACUGUCUCCAUCGUUGUCAGAGGAGCCAACUCGCUGAUUUUGGAGGAGGCGGAGCGAAGUUUGCACGAUGCUCUCUGCGUUAUGCGCUGCUUGGUUAAGAAGAAGGCCCUCAUCGCUGGUGGAGGUGCUGCCGAAAUUGAGAUAGCCGCCCAGCUGUCCAAGCAAGCUCGUAGCUUGACGGGCACUGAGGCCAUCUGUUGGAAGGCAUUUGCAGAUGCUAUGGAGGUUGUUCCUACCACUCUGGCCGAAAAUGCUGGGCUGAACAGUAUCAAGGUUGUCACGGACUUGAGACACCGACAUGAGAUGGGAGAGAAGAAUGCUGGAGUCAGCAUCAAGUCUGGCGGUGUCAACACAAACAUCUCCAAGGAGAAUGUCUUGCAGCCGCUGCUCGUGAGUACGAGUGCUAUCGAGCUAGCUGCUGAGACGGUGAAGAUGAUUCUGAGAAUAGACGACAUUGCCUUGACGCGAUAA